AUGGCAGAGGAGAGCCUGCAGGGGGAUUCAGAGGUCCAGAAUCCGAAGAAUAGGCUGACACCUUCCAAUUCUUAUUUAGGUGCGAGGCAGGCAAAUUGGAAGAAAUAUAAUGGUGGCGGAGGCCAGCGGCGAGAGACUGGUGGUGGUACAUAUCAGGGUACCACAUUUUCCUUUGCUUGUCCUACUUGUGGCAAGCAGAAUGGAAGGAAGUGCAUGAUGGGUUCAAGCGUUUGCUACCGGUGUGGCAAACCAGGGCAUAUGGUGCGUGAGUGCGGCACGUCGGGGAGUAAUGCACCCCCAAAGCGGCCAUAUUGGGGAGGCGCUCAGCCACCACGUGGUGGAUAUCAAAGGGGUACUACCCAGGCGAGGGUGUAUUCCCUAACUCCUGGCGAUGCAGAGAACGCAAGAGAUGUGGUGAAAGGUAAUAUUCGUAUGCUUUCGAAUAUAGCUAUUGUACUAUUUGAUUCAAGAGCAACACAUUCCUUUAUUUCCCCGAGAUUCGUUAAAUUAUGUGGGCUAAAGGCACAGCUAUUGGAUGCAGAAUUAGCAAUGGCUACACCAUUAGGGUCAAUAGUCACUGACCAAUGCUCAUGUAGCAUUUAUGGACUUGAUGAACAGGGUGUUCCAUAA